AUGAACUGCGAAGAACCCCCCAUCAUCGAUUUCGCUCCCUUCUACAGCACCAACCCAACCGCCAAAGAAGCCCUCAUCGAUCAAAUCCGCCAGGCAUGUUCACAAUUCGGCUUCUUCCAACUAAUCAACCACCCCAUCCCAACCAGCCUCCAAACCGCCAUUCUCCACCAAUCAACCGAAUUCUUCAACCUCCCCUUAGAAACAAAACAGAAAUAUGAUCUAUCUAUCGACGGCUUCAACCGAGGCUACGAGCGCCUCCGCUCCCAAAACUUCGAAAAACGCACCAAAGGCGAUCUAAAGGAAGGCUUCUAUCUCGGCAAAGACCUCCCACUGGACGAUGUCUACGUCGCCAAGCGACGCUUCGGCCAAGGCCCGAAUAAGUAUCCCUCUGAACUCGCAGAACCAGAGGCCUUCCGGCAAGUCGUGGACGAGUACCACGACGCCAUGAUCGAGCUCGCGGUGGCGAUUAUGCAAGUCCUAGCGCAUACGCUUGGUCUGCAGGAGACCGUCUUCGGUGAUUUCUACGAUCAUCCGGUUACGAUUCUGCGAUUGCUUCAUCAUCCGCUGCAGGAGGCUGAUGCGUCGGAUCUGGAGAGAGGAAUCGGGGCGCAUACGGACUUUGGCGCUAUUACUAUGCUCCUGCAGGAUGAUACUGGCGGACUGCAGGUGUGGAAUAAUCUCUCGUCUGAGUGGGUGGACGUGACGCCUGUUCGUGGUGCCUAUGUUGUGAAUCUGGGGAAUAUGAUGAUGCGCUGGACGAAUGAUCGGUAUUUGUCGAAUCUGCAUCGUGUGAUUAAUACGAGUGGGAAGGAGAGGUUCAGUGUUCCGUUCUUCUUCUCUGGGAAUCCGGAUUAUACGAUUCGGUGUCUCCCUGGUUGUGAGGAUGCGGAGGUGGGUGCGAGAUACCCCCCGGUGACAGUCCAUGAAUGGAUGACGGGUCGGUAUGCGGACACUUAUGGGACUUCGGAGGAGAAGGCUAUUGGGGAGAUGCGUCAUGAGCCGGGUAGAGAUGUAUAG